CUAUAUUAUAAAAAGUAUACCACCAUGUUUCAACAAUUUGCCCUAAGAAAAGAAUGUGAAUUUGUCAGAACAUCGUAAAAUACUCUGUAUAGUCUAUAAUGAUAGUACUAUUAUCACAAAUAAGAUAUUUUAUCUUACUGUUUUUAAAUAUUUUACAUCAAAAUAUUGAAACCGUUGAAAAAAUGUAAAUUUCUCCUAUUAUAAAUCUCAAUUUGACUAUUAAUUUCGAUUUAAUCUCAAGCCAUCAUAUAUACUGCUUAAAAUGUUUGAGAGUAUUGAAAAGUGCCUAGAAAAUCAUAUUCCUCGAGAAGAACUAAGUGAAGUGCAACGAAUUUUAUAUGGAAAAAAAUUAGAAGAAUUACAACUUCCAGGUCCAUGUAUUAAUAACAAAUAUAAUAUUGAAGUUAAAGGUUACAAAUUUCAUUGCCCCUUUGAAGAAUUACGUGAAAAAAGAAUUGUAAAAAUUGGUGUUAUUCAAAAUAAAAUAGUUUUACCUACAAAUAGUUCAAUAUUAGAACAAAGGAAUGCAAUUUUUGAAAAAAUCAAACUUAUUAUUUCUCUGGCUGCUGAAGUUAAUGUAAAUGUUAUUUGUCUUCAAGAAGCAUGGACAAUGCCAUUUGCUUUUUGUACCCGAGAAAAGUAUCCUUGGUGUGAGUUAGCUGAAUCAGCUGAGGAUGGUCCUUCAACAUUAUUUUUAAAAAAACUUUGUAAACAGUAUAACAUGGUUAUAAUAUCUCCAAUUUUGGAACGUGAUGAAAAAGAUGUUAUUUGGAACACUGCUGUAGUAAUUGAUAAUCAUGGAAAUGUUAUUGGAAAACAUCGAAAAAAUCAUAUCCCUAGAGUAGGGGAUUUUAAUGAAUCUACUUAUUAUAUGGAAGGAAACACUGGACAUCCUGUCUUUCAGACAGAAUUUGGGCGAAUCGCUAUAAACAUUUGCUAUGGUCGUCAUCAUCCACUUAAUUGGCUAAUGUUUGGCCUAAAUGGAGCUGAAAUUGUGUUCAACCCUUCUGCAACAGUUGAUGGACUAAGUGAAACCCUAUGGGGCGUUGAAGCAAGAACAGCAGCCGUAGCAAAUAGUUAUUUUACUUGUGCUAUAAAUAGAGUAGGAACUGAAUAUUUCCUAUCCGAAUUUACAAGUGGUGAUGGAAAACCAGCUCAUAAAGAUUUUGGUCAUUUUUAUGGUUCCAGUUAUAUAACUGCUCCAGAUGGUUCUAGGACACCUGGUCUUUCUCGAAUUCAUGAUGGUCUCCUUAUUGCAGAAAUGGACUUGAAUCUUUGCAGACAAGUGAAAGAUCAUUGGGGUUUCCAAAUGACUCAAAGAUUAGAUAUGUAUGCUGAUUCAUUAGCAAAAUUUGUAAACAAAAAAUAAAUUAUCAAGAAUAUGAUAUAAUUUCACUUAUUUUUGAGCUAAUAAUGGAUUUUAGUUUUAUAUAAAUUUAGUAUGGUUAUUGUUAUUUCUGUAUUUACAUUAUAUUUUACAGUUUACAUUAUAAAAUAUUAAAUAAAUAUUUACUAGAAACUUUACUUCUUAUUUACCAAAAUAUGAUUAUAUACUAAUUAAUAUUGAAAAAUUUUUCUUAUUAUUAAAUGUUGAUUUAUUUAUUACUGAAAAAAAUGGUAAACACUAUUAAUAAUAUAUUUUGAAUUGAUUAUGAGGCAUAUUUAUUGAAUUAUAAAAUAAAAAAACCUUUGAAAGUA